ACAACCACAACUUCUCCAACCACAACAACAGCUGCUCCAACUACAACAACAGCUGCUCCAACUACAACCACAGCUGCUCCAACUACAACAACAGCAGCUCCAACCACAACCACAGCUUCUCCAACCACAACUACAGCUGCUCCAACCACAACAACAGCUGCUCCAACCACAACCACAGCUUCUCCAACUACAACAACAGCUGCUCCAACCACAACAACAGCUGCUCCAACUACAACCACAGCAGCUGAAACCACAACCACAGCUUCUCCAACCACAACCACAGCUUCUCCAACCACAACAACAGCUGCUCCAACCACAACAACAGCUGCUCCAACUACAACUACAGCUGCUCCAACCACGACCACAGCUGCUCCAACUACAACAACAGCUGCUCCAACCACAACCACAGCUUCUCCAACCACAACUACAACUGCUCCAACUACAACCACAGCUUCUCCAACCACAACAACAGCUGCUCCAACCACAACAACAGCUGCUCCAACCACGACCACAACUUCUCCAACCACAACAGCUGCUCCAACUACAACCACAGCAGCUCCAACCACAACCACAGCUUCUCCAACCACAACCACAACAGCUCCAACCACAACCACAGCUUCCCCAACCACAACCACAGCUUCUCCAACCACAACCACAGCUGUUCCAACCACAACAGCUGCUCCAACUACAACAAUAUCUGCUCCAACUACAACCAACGCGUCUCCAACCACAACUACAGUAGCUCCAACCACGACCACAGCUUCUCCAACCACAACUACAGCUGCUCCAACCACAACAACAGUUGCUACAACUACAACAACAGCUUCUCCAACAACAACAACAGCUUUUCCAACAACAACAACAGCUGCUCCAACUACAACCACAGCAGGUGCAACAACAACCACAGCUGCUCCAACCACAACCACAACUGCUCCAACCACAACAACAGCUGCUCCAACCACAACAACAGCUGCUCCAACCACAACUACAGCUGCUCCAACCACAACCACAGCUGCUCCAACUACAACAACAGCUGCUCCAACCACAACCACAACUUCUCCAACCACAACUACAGCUGCUCCAACUACAACCACAGCUUCUCCAACCACAACAACAGCUGCUCCAACUACAACCACAGCUGCUACAACUACAACAACAGCUUCUCCAACUACAACAACAGCUGUUCCAACAACAACAACAGCUGCUCCAACUACAACCACAGCAGGUGCAACAACAACCACAGCUUCUCCAACGACAACCACAACUUCUCAAACCACAACAACAGCUGCUCCAACCACAACAACAGCUGCUCCAACUACAACCACAGCUGCUCCAACCACAACAACAACUGCUCCAACAACAACCACAGCAGCUCCAACAACAACCACAGCUGCUCCAACAACAACAACAGCUCCAACCACAACCACAACUUCUCCAACCACAACCACAACUGCUCCAACCUCAACCACAGCUGCCCCAACCACAACCACAACCACAGCUUCUCCAACCACAACAACAGCUGCUCCAACCACAACAGCUGCAUCAACCACAACAACAGCUGCUCCAACCACAACCACCGCAUCUCCAACCACA